CAAAUUAUCAUGGGUGCUGCUAAUUGUUAAUCAUGUUGCGCUAAGUAAGAAAGUGAAGCAACUGAAUUAAAAAUAGGAAGAGAUAAAGUAAAAGCUAAACAUGAUAAUUCUGAAAAUGAUAAUGCAUAACCUGAAUAAAAAGUGUAAGCAAAAGAUCAUGAGAGAUUUGUUGUAGAUUAAGAACAACAAAAACAAAAGAAAGAAACUAAAAAAGAGUAGAAAAAAGAAGCUGUUAAAGAAACAGCUGCUAAAAAUGUAGAUGAGAACUCAAAAAAAUCUUAGGAAUAGGAAAAAUAGUUAAAUAUAUCAGCCAAUCAUUCAGUUAGCAUGAAUGUUGCAAAUAAUUAAGAAGGGAACGACUUAAUAAAAAGUACAAUGAAUAGCAAUGAAAGAAAAAAACUACCUCCUAUAUAAUUAGAGUCAGGGGCAGUUUAUGAAGGAGAAUGGAAGAAUGGAAUGAGAGAUGGUUUUGGUAAAUAAAAGUGGCCUGAUGGUUCUAUAUAUGAAGGUGAAUGGGUAGAAGAUAAGUCAUCAGGAAGGGUAUUUAAAUUUUAACAAUUUUAGGGAAAAUUAACUCAUGCUGAUGGAGAUGUUUAUGAUGGAGAAUGGAAAAAUGAUAAAGCUAAUGGAAAAGGAACUUAUAUACAUGUAAAUGGAGCAAAAUAUGAAGGUGAAGUAAGUUUCCUUUUAAAUAUAUAAAGUGGGAAAAUGAUAAAUAACAUGGUAAAGGAGUAGAAAAUUGGCCAGAUGGAGCUAAAUAUGAGGGUUAAUAUUUUGAAGGAAAAAAACAUGGUAAAGGAAUUCUUAAUUUUGCUGAUGGUUCAAGAUAUGAUGGUAAAAUUAAGGAUAUAAUUUUUAAGGUGAAUUUCUAUAAAAUGAUAUUCAUGGUGAAGGAACUUAUAUUUGGCCUGACAAAAGAGUUUAUAAAGGAUAAUGGAAAAAGAACAAAAUGCAUGGAAAAGGAUAGAUCAUUUGGCAAGAUGGCAGAAAAUAUACUGGAGUAAUAAAUUAAUUUAAAAAAAUAGGAAUAUGAAGAAGAUAAAAAGCAUGGUAAAGGAGUUUUUGAAUGGGCUGAUGGAAGAAAAUAUAUAGGUACUUGGAUUUAGGGUAUGUAAUUAUUUCAAUCUAAAAGGAAGGUAACAUGGAAUUGGAAUUUACUAUUUAUAAAAUAAAGAAGUUAAAGUGGGAGAAUGGAAUGAAGGUAAAAGAAUUAAAUGGUUUGAAAAAACUGAGAUAGAUUAACUAAUAGAAGAAUAGAAGAUUAAAAAAGAAGAUUUAUAAUAAUCUGAUUGA